CGUUGUCUUUCCAGCUAUGACAUGGUGCACUAUGGCCACUCGAACCAGCUACGCCAGGCUCGGGCCAUGGGAGAUUAUCUGAUUGUUGGAGUCCACACAGAUGAGGAGAUUGCCAAGCACAAGGGCCCCCCUGUCUUUACACAGGAGGAGAGGUACAAAAUGGUGCAAGCCAUCAAGUGGGUGGAUGAGAUUGCUCCAGGAGCUCCCUAUGUCACCACACUGGAAACCUUGGACAAAUAUAGCUGUGACUUCUGUGUGCACGGUGAUGACAUCACCUUAACGAUAGAUGGCAAGGAUACCUAUGAAGAAGUGAAGACAGCAGGGCGAUACAGGGAAUGCAAACGCACCCAAGGCGUGUCCACUACCGACCUCGUUGGCCGCAUGCUGCUCAUGACUAAGGCUCACCACAGCAACAUAGAUGAGGACCUAGACUAUCGGAAGCACACUGACAACUUUGGGAAGGGGCCAAAAGGUCACAGUCCCUGGACUGGCGUCUCGCAGUUCCUACAGACAUCUCAGAAGAUCAUCCAGUUCGCAUCAGGGAAGGAACCACAGCCAGGAGACACUAUCAUCUACGUGGCUGGAGCCUUCGACCUGUUCCAUAUUGGGCAUGUGGAUUUCCUGGAGAAGGUUCACCAGCUGGCAGAGAAACCCUACAUCAUUGCUGGGCUGCACUUUGAUCAGGAAGUAAAUCGCUACAAAGGGAAGAACUAUCCCAUCAUGAACAUCCAUGAGAGAACACUCAGUGUCUUGGCCUGUAGGUAUGUCUCGGAGGUGGUGAUUGGAGCCCCCUACGCCGUCACUGCUGAUCUGCUGGAUCACUUCAGGGUAACACUUGUGUGUCAUGGGAUGACUGAGGUGGUGCCAGACAAGGAUGGUUCUGAUCCGUACGAGGAACCGAAGAGACGCGGCAUUUUCCAGCUGGUGGACAGUGGCAGCAAUCUCACCACAGAUUUAAUUGUGCAAAGAAUCAUCAAGAACAGGCUGGAGUUUGAAGCUAGAAACCAGAAGAAGGAAGCGAAAGAGCUGGCUGUGUUGGAGGCCAUGAAGAGACUGGAAGAGGAGAAGCACUAGGCCAGCAGAGAGACGAUGUGUGGGUGUCCUGGUUUUGGUCGCAGAGCGCUGCAGCCUCACCCUCUUGAGGAGCAGACAGCUCUUCGAGGGGGGACCCCUGAACGGGGACACCGCUGCCGGCAUGCAGGAUGUGCUGUCCUACCCUCUUCUGUCCUAGCUCCUCCUGCACUAAUUAUGCAGACAUAACAAGUCGGGAUCCUGCUGCCUAGUUCUUCCGCCGUUAAUCAGCCCCCGUCCCCUUUCCCAGGAGGAGAUUUGACAAAAGAAAAAAAAAA